CGCUCUUUGACUUUAGUUUUACUCCCGACUUUGUCAGUAUUGUGUGUGUACGUUAUAUAUUCGAGAAAAAAAAAAGAAAAAAAAAAAAUAAAAUGCUCACCAAAAAUUUUCGUGUGUUAUCCAGAUGUAUUACUAUUGCACGCAAUGAUAAAUUAGAUAUAUUUCAAUUGAAUAAUAAACGCGAAAGAGGAUGCUCAUCAAUUUUAAAUAAAACAUUUUUCUAUUGUCAAAAUCGUGAUUAUUGCAUUGAUGCAAUAAAAAAACUUGAAAAUAAAGAUGAAAAUCUCUCGCAUCUAUAUAAUCCAGGUUCUUUGCAAUUAAUGGAAAUGACAAUUGGCGAAUUAUUUGAAUCGGCCGUUGAAAAAUGGCCAAAUCGUGAAUGUAUAUUUUCAAUUCAUCAAAAAUUACAAUUAACAUAUGCCGAAGUUUAUAGACGUGCAAAUAUAUUGGCAGCUGGUUUAAAAAAAAUUGGUUUAAAAAAAGGUGAUCGCAUUGGUUUAUGGGCACCAAAUGAUAUUGAAUGGUUUAUUGGAUUUAUUGCGUCAAUGAGAUUGGGUUUGAUUAUGGUUGGAAUUAAUCCCGCAUAUCAAGAAGCUGAAAUACAAUUUUGUUUAGAAAAAGUACAAGUGAAGGCAAUUAUUGCACCUGAUGUAUUUAGAAAAAAAAAUUUUGCCUCUAUAAUACUUGAAUGUAAAGAAAAAUGUCCAUUUUUGGAGCAUAUUAUUAUUUACUCAGAUAAUCAUGUUAGAGGCACACGACUUUUGACUGAUGUAAUUAAUUUGGCAACCGGAAAGGAAAUUGAAGCAAUUUGUAAAGAACAAAAAUCUGUUUCACCAUACGAUGGUAGCAAUAUACAAUUCACAUCAGGAACAACUGGAAAACCAAAAGCAACAUUUUUAACUCAUAAAUCUCUAGUAAACAAUUCACAUCAGGCAGCAAAACGUUUUCAAUUGUACAAUAAUCAUCAUAAAAUUUGUGUAAAUGUGCCAUUUUUUCAUGCAUUCGGAAUGAUAGCACAGACCUCAGCCUGGCACUCGGGAACAACUUUAAUUCUUCCCGCACCAACAUUUAAUCCAGUCAGUUCUGUCGAUGCAAUUGUUAAUGAAAAAUGUACUGGUAUUUAUGGCACCCCAACAAUGUGGGUGCAUCUCAUUGAUGUAAUUAAGAGAGUUGGUACUUAUUUGGAUCAUAUUAAAAUUGGAGCAGUUGGAGGUUCACCUUGUUCGCAAGAACUUCAUCGAAGAAUAAAGGAUACCUUCAAUUUCAAUGGAAUGAAUUCUAUAUACGGAUUAACAGAAACAACAGCAAUUGUUUUUCAAUCGUUACCAAAUGAAAAAGAAGAUCUCACUGAAACUUGUGUUGGAUACCUUUCUGAUCAUGUAGAAGUUAAGAUAGUGAAUGAAAAUGGUUCAACAGUUCCUUUCGAGACACCUGGUGAAUUAUGGGUUCGUGGUUAUAACAAUAUGAUUGAAUAUUGGCAAGAUGAGGAAAGUACAAAAAAAGUAUUGACUGAUGAUGGUUGGUUAAAAACAGGCGAUCAAUUUUUAUUGAGAGCUGAUGGUUAUGGUCAAAUUGUUGGAAGGCUAAAGGAUAUGAUUAUCAGAGGAGGAGAAAAUAUUUUCCCUAAAGAAAUUGAAGACUUUUUGGGAACACAUCCAGAUAUUUUGGAAAAUCAUGUAAUUGGUAUAAAUGAUGAUGUUUAUGGUGAAGAAGUUUGUGCUUGUAUUAGAUUGAAAGAAGGAUCAAAAUUAACUGCCAAUGAAUUGCGUGAUUGGUGUAAGGGAAAAAUUGCACAUUUCAAAAUUCCCAAAUAUUUGGAAUUUAGAGAUACAUUUCCUUGUACAACAAGUGGAAAGAUACAGAAAUAUUUACUCAAAGAAGAAUAUGAAGAUAAAUAUUCAAGUAAAUCUAAAUAAUAUAAUUUUUUUUUAGAUUUUUUUUUUUAAUAUGAAAAAUUUACUUAAUUUUUUUCAAUUUGCUCAAAAAAGACGAUUGGAAUUAAGUCUGGGGUAAGAAAAUAAUGUAUAAAAUAUUUUCAAAAUGUAUAUAUAAAAAAAAAAAAUGUUAAUAAA